AUGCGACUCUUAAACACCACGACGCUCAAGGUGACAGAGUUUGUCAGCGAAAGACCCAAGUAUGCGAUUCUUUCCCAUACCUGGGGCUCGGAGGAAAUUGUUCUCCAGGAUACAGAAGCAAAGGACGAGGCUCCUUCUAGUGUCAAAGCUGGAUGGAAAAAGAUCAGGGGCGCCUGUGCGCUCGCUCUGGGCGAUGGCUUUGACUGGAUCUGGAUCGACACAUGCUGUAUUGACAAGUCUUCGAGCUCUGAGCUAUCCGAGGCCAUCAACUCCAUGUUCCGUUGGUACAGGGAAGCUGAGAUCUGCUACGCCUACCUUGAAGACGUGCCUCCCUUGAGAUACGCUUCGUUCAUUGGCUUUCAGGAUUUCGCCCUUGAUCUGGACUCGAAUCAUAUCAUGCCCAUCGAAAAGGAUCAGAACACCUUCCUCGGAAGCCGAUGGUUCACUCGAGGUUGGACUCUCCAAGAGCUUAUUGCACCGCAAGGAGUCGAGUUUCACGCUACAGACUGGUCCUUUCUUGGGACGAGGAGUGAUCUUUCGGGCAUCAUUCACAAACAUACCAUGAUCGACAAAGUGGUUCUCGAAAUGCGAUGGGCUGCCAACCGAGAGACAACUCGCGUUGAAGACGCGGCUUAUUGCCUGUUAGGCAUCUUUGAGAUCAAUAUGCCGCUUCUGUAUGGAGAGGGCGACCGGGCGUUCCGCCGUCUCCAAGAAGAAAUCAUCAGAACCAUUGAAGAUUACAGCCUGAUCGCCUGGAUGUCGUACGAUGCUCCGCAACGAGAUGAUCCACGAACGAAGGUUUCAUACUGA